UUACCCGAACGCUGCAGGUUGUUAAGCUGUGUUGUCUCCAGGGCUCGGGCGUCUGGUUCUUCUGUCGGGAUCUGUUCGUGAUGGGGACUCAGGCGAAAGCCGGGAGGAGUCAGUUGCUUUUCUUCACCUCAGUGAUCCUGUAUCCCCUGGUGCUCAGCAAGGGUACAGUGUACACGUCUGAAACCUUAGUUCGAGUUCCUCAAAAUAACUCGGUCAAGUUGUCCUGCUCCUACUCUGGGUUCUCCAACCCCCGUGUGGAGUGGAAGUUUGUCCAAGGUGACACCACCAGGCUAAUUUGCUAUAACAGCAAGAUCACAGCUUCCUAUGAGGACCGAGUUACCUUCUCACCGACUGGCAUCACCUUUAAAUCUGUGACCCGGAAAGACAGUGGGAUGUAUACUUGUAUGGUCACUGAAGACAAUGGCAAUAACUAUGGGGAAGUCACCAUCCAGCUCCUUGUGGUUGUGCCUCCAUCCAAGCCUACAUUAGACGUCCCCUCCUCUGCCACCAUCGGGAACCGGGCUGUGCUAACCUGCUCAGAACAAGAUGGAUCCCCGCCUUCUCAAUACUACUGGUUCAGGAAUGGCGUUCGCAUGCCUGUGGAUCCCGCCCAGAACCGAGCCUUUAGCAAUUCCUCCUACACCCUGAAUCCCGAGACAGGGGAGCUGAUCUUUGAUCCUGUAACGGCCUCUGAUACCGGAGAAUACAAGUGUGAGGCACGCAAUGGCUACGGGGUAGCCAUGCUGUCGGACAGUUCACACAUGGAAGCAGUGGAACUGAAUGUGGGGGGCAUCGUGGCAGCUGUCCUAGUGACACUGAUUCUUCUUGGAGUCUUGAUUUUUGGUAUCUGGUUUGCCUAUAGCCGAGGCUACUUUUACAGAGCAAAAAAAGGGGCUUCCACCAAGAAGGUGAUUUACAGCCAACCAAGUGCUCGAAGUGAUGGGGAGUUCAAACAGACCUCAUCCUUCCUGGUGUGACCCAGUUGGGCUCAUCUCUACUUGUCACACUCAGGUGCUACCAGAUGUCAGUGCCUUCACAGGAUGCCUUCAAUGUCCUUAAGAACCCCAUCCCCACUUUAUCUUAGUUAGGAUGUGAUUUUAAUAACAUCAGCAAUGGGUGCCUUUCUUCUUUCUCCCACUGCUGAGUGGUCUGAGACUUGUUCAAAAUGCCCAUUCCCCCAUCCCCAUGAGGGAUCAGGCAGGAGUUCUGGGUGUGCCUGUAGACAGUAAGAAAACCACUACUUGGUCUGUAGUGGCCAUUAAAUAAGGAUUUUGAGCCUAAUUGCUAGGCUCUCUCCUCCCAUAAUGAGGACUGGUGUACAGGGCUGUUCUCCAGAGAAGAGCGGUUGAAGUGUUUGGUGACGACAUUGUCUCUUCCAUCUCUGGAGCCCACUCUUCCAUCUCUCCAUGAAGAGCAACACGAGGAAUCUUCUGCUCCAUCUUCCUGAACACAAGCAGACUGCUGUCCAUAGGAACAUGGGAAAGCAUGGUCAACUUUAAGGAGAUGAGGAGCAAAGAAGCUUUCAAACCACCAAAGUAAAGAAAAAGCUGAAGUGGGUAGCCAUCAGCCUUUCUUUGGCUGGAACAACUAGACAGACCCUUUUGAGAUGUCUGUGGGGGGGAUGUAUGUAUUACUCUUGGCUCUUUGCUGAGCUGCGUGAGUGUGUGGUCUGUGUGUGUAUGUGUGUGUGUGUGGUCUUAGCUGAAAUUGGGUUGUGUGUUAGAGGGCUUCUUAGCUCUUUGAUGAGCUUGAGUUUCUGUGUGUUUGUAUUAGCUGGAUGUUGUUGGAAAUAAAAACUUGGUUUGUCAAA